AUGUCAGCACAUUCGAGGCAGAGUUCGGUGGUGCAAACGAGCCAGACAACGGUCAAAGGCGACAAAAUCGGACCAUGGAAGCUUGGACGCACUCUGGGAGCAGGCAGCACGGGCAAAGUGCACAUUGCUCAACACGAAAGCACAGGCCAGCAAGCAGCGGUGAAAGUAGUGUCGAAAUCGGUUUUCGGCACGCAAAUAAACGGCAAUUCGUCGACCGUGGUCGGGUCGUCAGAUCCGGACGUUCUGCCCUACGGUAUCGAGCGCGAGAUCAUCAUCAUGAAGCUGCUGAACCAUCUCAACGUUCUUCGGCUGUACGACGUGUGGGAGACCAACUCGAGCCUGUACAUGGUGCUGGAGUACGUGGAAAAGGGCGAGCUGUUCAAUCUGCUAGUCGAACGAGGUCCACUGCCCGAAAACGAGGCCAUCCGUUUUUUCCGCCAGAUCAUCAUCGGGAUCUCCUACUGCCAUGCCCUGGGUAUUGUGCAUAGAGAUCUCAAACCAGAAAAUCUGCUUCUAGACCACAAGUUCAAUAUCAAAAUCGCGGAUUUCGGUAUGGCUGCCCUAGAAAGCAAAGACAAGCUGCUGGAGACCUCGUGCGGCUCUCCCCACUACGCUGCGCCUGAGAUCGUGUCGGGCCUCCCGUACCAUGGGUUUGAAAGUGACGUGUGGUCCUGCGGUGUCAUUCUCUUUGCCCUACUCACUGGCAGACUUCCCUUCGACGAAGAAGACGGCAACAUCAGAAAUCUGCUUUUGAAAGUUCAAAGCGGCCGCUUUGAAAUGCCAGAUUCAAGUGAGAUUUCCCCGGAGGCUCAAGACCUGCUUUCCAAGAUACUAACAGUGGACCCCGCAGCCAGAAUUAAGGCAAGAGGCAUCCUGAAGCAUCCACUUCUACAAAAAUACCCCAGUAUCAAGGAUUCAAAGAGUAUCAGGAACCUUCCUCGUGAAGAUACCUACUUGAAUCCGCUAGACAAUGUUGAUGGAAACAUUGAUGACGCUAUCAUUCAAAACUUAGUUGUUUUGUGGCAUGGCCGCAAUAAAGACGAGAUUAUCCUAAAACUAAGGGAACCGGGCGCUAGUCUCGAAAAGACUUUUUACGCGCUUCUCUAUAGAUUCAAGACAGAGAGCACGCGGGAUCAGCAGAACCAAAAGCGCAAAUCUCAAAUAAAUCAAACGUCAUCCCCAAAAAAGGGCAACAUGACCAAGUCGACUUCUCGCAGAUCAAUUGUCAACGCGUCCACACCUAAAAGAAAAUCCAAGGGACCUUUGAUAAGCGCGUCGUCGUCGCACAAGAGACCUGUUUCUUUCAAUAGGCUUCCUGCUUCGAAUGCUGCCACUACUGAAGACAAAUCACCCACCCCAAACAGAGGAGGAACAGUCAAUCUCUCCUCCAACAAGAGAGCCUCGGUGCUAAUUAACACCAACAGCUCUCCAACGCCCGCCAACAAGAGGACGUCCUACAGAGACAUGAAUUCAACCGCGCCUCCAAUUCCUGUUGAUAUGCUAAGGGACUAUAACAAGUCGAAUCCAAAAUUCUCUAAAAGGUCCUCGCGCUCGAGUAAGAGACUCUCUUUUUUGCCUGGAAAUGGUAAGCGCGGCUCGAUGACAACCAAGUUGAUUGCUACAUUCGCCAAGAUUUCCGAGGAUAAUGACUGGGAGUACAUUGAGCAAGAGACAAAGAGAACAAGUGCAGACUUCGCUACCCUUUGUGACCAGAUCUUCGAGCAUGAGAAGCACGAGCAAAUCAGGAAAGAGAAGGAAGAGCUGGAAAGACGCGUAAGAGAGGCGAAAGAACAGGAAGAAAGAGCAAGACGUCUAAGAGCAGAGGAGGAGCGGAAGAGGCAAGAAGAGGAAGAGGCGCAACAAAGGCAACGGGAAGAAGAGAAUGCUAUCAGGCAAAAACAGGCUCUCGAACAAAUUGAUCGCGAGGUGAACCUUCUGAGAUCGAGCGCAGAACGUAAAGGUGAGCCAACUGAAACGCAAACUAGAUCUGUUUCUGCCCCUACUGCAGAUGUCCUAAAGAUUGACAAGCGCGGUUCAGUGAUAGGCCUAGAAAGUGAUAUUCAAGAUCUCCUGGAGAGAAGAACUUUUUCUCUUCAGACAAGGCCUGUUUCUCGCUUGGAUCCUGGUAUAUUUGCGGAUACGGAGCUGUCCCAAGCCGAAACAAAAGCUCGCGAGAGAGACCUGGAUACAGAGAAGACCAUCCUGGAGACUAUUAGAAGAUCCAAAUUUUUGGGCUCCUCUUUCGACAUCACUAAAGAACUUGCAAGAGAGAAGAGACUCAGAGAAGAAAGAAAAAAUGCUGCAGAUGUUCAAGAACGUGUUGUAUCCAAUGCUACGGUAACAUCCGAUGCGAACACGGGAUAUAAAUCUCAAACUCUUCCAAAGAAUGUUGCAGGAGUUCUACCACUAAAUGAUAAGCCCAGUGAAGAUCCUCGCAAAAUCUCUGAGGUUCAAAUUCCGCAAUUUACCAGGCGGUCGCGUCACUUCACGGCAUCAAACAAAAGAUUAUCGGUUCUCUCGAUGUAUUCAACGAAAACUUCCUUUACGAACUUAGCCGAACAUCUGAAAGGUAAAGAAGAUCUCCAAUCGGUGAAGGGUAGUCCACCAUCCACCUCAAAUGUCGACCAGGAAGCUGAAUUCAUGUUUGAAAGUGUAGACAGAGAGGGCAAGGACACAGCAGAAACAUCGGCUGAUAGUCGGCUGUACGAAGUCGCGGAAUCAAAAAUGUCGAAAGCAGAAACUCGCAAUCCGGUAAAACUGAACUUCGCAGACCGCUUCAACAAUGCCGCGACUCUAGAGAAAUCAGAACUUGAAGAAGCUUCUACCGUAAAGCUGCCCACCUUACCACCCUUGGGGAAGCAGAAGACUAAUGGCAUGAGUGGCUUAGGCUUAUAUCAACCGCCCUCUGGCGAGGCGGAAACAAGCGGGCAAAUGGGAAGGGAGACCAGCUCUAGUCCGCCAAGGAAGACCAAGUCUAUGGUGCCACCUUCAAAUCAACAGGGGGAAAAGUCUGCGGCCAGAAUUUCCCCGGGUGAACCAGACCUGGCAAAGAAAAACGAUACCACAAAGAGAGAGAAAGAAUCCGCUAGACGACCCCUGGAAGAUAUCACACCUAUAGCUGAAAAGAAGGCAAAUAAGUCCUUUUUCCGCAAGUUUUCGUCGAAAUCCCACGACGACAAAAAGAGCCGAAACUUCGAUGCUGUUCUGCAUAGUGUCAUAGAAGAAACUCAAAUGUUCAAUGCGUUGAGUAAGUUGCUAGUUGCGUGGAAGGAGUAUGGUUUGAAAGACGUACGGGCGUUGCCCUCAGAGAAGAAAAUAAAGGGCAAAUUGAGCAGCGACAACAUUUUCUCGCUUCGCUCGACUCUCUUUGAAAUCUUUAUUUUGAAUAACAAGAAUUCACCCGGGUCUGACAUUGCUUUUGAGAAAUUGUCGGGCUCGAGCAAGACCUUCAGAAAGCUUGUGCGUGAAAUCGAAAAGAUCUUGGAGUCCAAAAAGGCACUUGCAACCUCUUAA